AUGGUCAAAAUAUUGAGCUACAUUUUGCUUAGUGGGCUUGUCCUCAGCAGCGCAGUACAUAUUGAGGACAAAAAUGUCCUGCAGAAAUUUCAGCAUUUUAAGCAACUCAAACCCCUGGGCAUUGAGUUUGCCGACUACUUUCAAAAUGUAACGCUAAACGAAUUAAGUGUUUUCGACGCCCGAUUGCCAACUCAGCAGGAUCUUUUGUGCCUCAAUGAUAUGUCCAAGUUUAUGUUGGCUCUUCAAGGCGGCCAGUAUUGGGCAUUGAAAAUGAUUGACGCUUGGGGUUCCAUACCCUCUGGUCUAUUUACGGGCAAUGUUUAUGACUUGGGUAACUUCGACGAGUGCAUAAACAUUCAGAAGGAUACCAUCAAGGGAAAGUACUGCUUUUUAGAGGUGUCGCCCGGUAAAAUGCUCGGCGUUGAGGGUGCCCUAGCUGGAGUGGUGAAAAUGAAAAUAGCCACCUGUUUUCCGGCUUCCUGCUCGGCCACUCACAUGAACAAGUUCCUGGAUCAGAUAAUACAGAGGCUACUGAACGUGAAUAUUCCCAGCACGGCCAUGAGUAUCAGCGAUAACACUUGCCAGACGAACGAAAGCGAACCCUGGUCUGGUCUCACUAUUUUCGUUAUAGUUUUCUUAUCUGUAAUGGGCGCUAUCGUAGCGUUCUUCACGAUAUACGACUUUUUUUUCUGCACAAAUCAAGAUCAACUUCCUGCUAUUGUGAAGUUGCUUUCGGCCAGGGCCAACUCACGUUAUAUUUUCCACAUCUCACUGAACAAAUCGAACCCGAAUGUUAUCGAAUGCCUCCACGGAAUCAGGGGAAUGUCUCUUUUCUGGGUGGUUUUUCUCCAUCAAUAUGCCAGCAAAUUUUAUUCGCCAAAUAUCAAUCGCUUCAGUAUUAUUCGAUGGCUACAAACGCCUUUCACGAGUUUCUUUCUACACGGAACCUUCUCAGUUGAUUCAUUUUUCUUUAUUGGCGGCCUCUUGGUGUCUCUGAUUUCACUUCGAUCAAUGGAAAGAAACAAAGGCAGUCUUAAUGUCCUUUUAAUGUACUUGCACCGCCUGAUACGCAUAGUUCCUAUCUUGGCCAUGGCAAUUCUAGUCUACACACAACUUGUGGGUGUUUUGGGCGAUGGACCUCUUUUAACGGGCGGCUACAAUGGCAAAGCGUCCUGUGAAAAGUCCUGGUAUUUGACCAUGCUCUUUGUAAACAAUUAUGCAAAUGAAAUGUGCCUUGAUCACACUUGGUACCUUUUAUUCGCUCUCUACGAAUGGGGCAAGAAGGCUGCUGCUGGUAUACUGGUACUUACAAUAUUGCUGUCGGGAUGCCUGUUUGCCACCAUGAUGGUCAACCACUACCGGAUAACAAGUCUUGACCUAUCUUUGCAGAAGAAGAUGUACUUCUACACCCACACCCACGCUGCCCCCUGGCUGAUUGGAUUUUUGUUUGGCUACUUUCUGUACUUGAACAAGGGACGGCAGUUAAAACUGCACUGGGUGGCCGUUUGGUCUGGCUGGAUUCUGUGCCUGGCCAUGCUCUUCACCUCGAUCUUCGCCCUGUUCCCGAUAAUGGGCGCCGGAACUCCUUGGUUGGCAACCACCUUGGAACUGUCCUCCUAUUAUACUCUCACUCGUGUGGGUUCACUUGCUUGGGUGGUCUUUGCCUGCAUGCAAGGAUACGGAGGACUGGCCAACAGUUUCCUUUCCUCGCCAGUCUGGCAGCCGAUUUCAAAACUCUCCUAUUCCGUCUACAUGUGGCACAGCUUCAUCCAGGAGAUAAACCAACGAAUUGUUAGGACCAACACUUACUUCUCCAACUAUCAAGUGAUGCUUGACUUCUGGUCUUCAUUGGGUUUCACCGUGCUGUUUUCCUAUGUGCUGUACCUGCUUAUUGAGGCUCCCUUUGGCGGACUUGAUAUUUUCCUUAGGCCCCAAAAGAAGGCAACUACAGUGGGGAAGUCAGUAUCGGACUCCAAACAGCCGGCGGAGAGCACUAUUGAUGAUAUUGACAUCAAUAAGCAGAGAGAACUGGAAGCGCCCGAGUUUACUGCUCAAACAUCAACCGAUUAGCUUCCAAAAUUUGAAAAAUUUUAAUAAAAAAAAAAAACAGUA